AUGAUGCUACACGAGCGAGAUACUCAACAGCUAUGGCUUCCGUUUGAGAGAAAAUGCUUUGAUCUUCUCCAACAAUGUCAGCGACACGGUAGAUUCUCUCUUCUUCAGAUACAUGCAUUUAUUCUCCGUCACGCCAUUGAAACCAAUGUUCAAAUCUUCACUAAAUUCUUGGCUGUUUCUGCGUCGAGUGUUGGGAUUGGUUAUGCACGUAAGUUGUUCGAUCAAAGGCCUCAGAGAGAAGAAGAAGACAGUUUCCUCUGUAACUCUGUGAUCAAGGCUUAUCUCGAAACUCGUCAGUAUUCUGAUUCGUUUGGUUUUUAUAGAGAUCUUAGGAAAGAGACGUCUUUUGCUCCUGACAAUUUUACUUUCACUACGUUGACAAAGUCUUGCACUUUGAGUAUGUGUGUUUACGAAGGUUUACAGUUGCAUAGCCAGAUUUGGAGAUUUGGGUUUUGUGCGGAUAUGUAUGUUUCGACUGGAAUUGUUGAUAUGUACGCGAAGUUCGGGAAGAUGAGAUUUGCGAGGAAUGUGUUCAAUGAAAUGCCUCAGAGAAGUGAGGUUUCUUGGACGGCUCUAAUCUGUGGGUAUGCUAGGUGUGGGGAGCUUGAUGUUGCCAGUAAGCUCUUUGAUGAUAUGCCUGAAGUUAAGGACGUUGUGAUAUAUAACGCGAUGAUCGAUAGUUACGUUAAAUCUGGUGACAUGUUCUCUGCUAAAAGAUUGUUCGAUAAGAUGAAAACUAAAACUGUCGUUACUUGGACCACUAUGAUUCGUGGUUACUGCAACAACAAAGACAUAGAAUCCGCUAGGCUGGUUUUUGAUGCUAUGCCAGUAAGGAAUUUAGUUUCUUGGAAUACGAUGAUAGGCGGAUACUCUCAGAAUAAACGACCUCAAGAAGCUAUAAGAUUAUUUCAGGAAAUGAAGGAAACCACCUCGCUAGAUCCGGAUGAUGUGACUAUUCUGAGUGUGAUACCAGCUAUUUCUGAUACCGGUGCUCUCAGUCUCGGUGAAUGGUGUCACCAUUUUGUGCAGAGGAAAAAGCUCGAUAAGAAGGUGAAAGUUUGUGCAGCGAUUCUUGAUAUGUACUCGAAAUGCGGUGAGAUAGAGAAGGCGAAAAGAAUAUUUGAUGAGAUGACAGAGAAGGAAGUAACCUCUUGGAACGCUAUGAUACAUGGGUAUGCUUUGAAUGGGAAUGCACGUGCAGCUUUGGAUCUGUUCUUGACAAUGCUUAAAGAAGUAAAGCCUGAUGAGGUCACAAUGCUCGCGGUUUUCUCAGCUUGUAACCAUGGCGGAUUAGUGGAGGAAGGAAGAAAAUGGUUUCACACGAUGGAAGAAUUUGGCCUGAUUGCUACGAUUGAGCACUAUGGUUGUAUGGUUGAUCUACUAGGCAGGGCAGGGCACCUAGAAGAAGCAGAGGAUUUAAUUGCAAACAUGCCUUUUGAGCCAAACGGAAUCAUUCUGAGUUCUUUGUUAUCUGCGUGCGGUCAAUACAAAGAUACAGAGAGGGCUGAGAGAAUUCUGAAGAAAGCAGUCGAAUUGGAGCCUCAGAAUGAUGGGAAUUAUAUUCUGUUGAGUAACUUGUAUGCUGCAGGCUCAAGAUGGGACGAUGUCGGGAUGGUGAAAAACAUGAUGAGGAAGAACGAAGCCAAGAAAAAGGUCGGUUGUAGCUCAAUCGAGAUAAAUUCUAUUGUUUCGGAGUUUAUAUCAGGAGAUACAACACAUCCUCAUCGGAGUAACAUACAUUUGGUUCUCGGGAAGCUAUUUAUGCACAUGAAAGACGAGGAAGCCAACUUGUGA